GUGACUGUGUUUCUGGCAGUGUCAGUACAUGGACCGCCUAUGGGGCUGGAAAGUAUGAGGAGCUGUGUUUAUUCCCCUCAAACUUCUCAUUAAUCUGCUGGGUGUGGACCGAACAAGAGCGAGCUGCUGUCCUGCCACAGAGAAAACACUACUACCAUCUGUCUGAUAAUCCGCAAAGUGCCAUUAAGAAGAUAUCAUGGCAGCAACACCACAAUGCUGGAGGGAUCUUACAGCCGAGUACAUAUGGGAUUUCAUGUAGACCCAUGCAAAUUUUAGCUGUCAGUCUCAGAGGAAAACUGCUGAAGAUUGGAACCAAAGGAACCAUCAAACCUUUCUCAAACUUCAAUGCAGCAGAAGAUGUGGAGAAGUUGCGGAAAGCCAUGAAAGGGAUAGGUACUAAUGAAGAUAACGUCAUUGAUGUGAUUGCAAACAGAACCCUUGCACAGCGUCAGGAAAUUAAAACUGCUUACAAGGCCUCUGUAGGAAAGGAUUUGGAAGAUGACCUGAAAUCUGAGCUGACAGGACAUUUUGAAACGGUCAUCAUUGGUCUACUUACCUCAUCAAUUCUCUAUGAUGUUCAGGAACUGAAGAAAGCCAUGAAGGGUGCAGGAACUGAUGAAGGAUGUCUGAUUGAAAUCUUGGCUUCUCGUUCAACAAAGGACAUUCAUGACAUCAAUACAAAUUAUAUAUUGAAAUAUGGCAAGUCUCUAGAGGACGAUAUUUGCUCAGACACCUCUUUCAUGUUCCAGAGGGUGCUGGUAUCUAUGGCUGCCGGGGGAAGAGACCAAAGUGACAAUGUGAAUGAUGACCUUGCCAAACAGGAUGCAAAGGACCUAUAUGAAGCUGGUGAGAAAAAAGUGGGGACAGAUGAAGUGAAAUUUCUGACCGUUCUUUGCACUAGAAACAGAAAGCAUUUACUGAAAGUUUUCGAUGAAUAUAAAAAGAUUUCAAAAAAAGAUAUUGAGGCCAGUAUAAAAUCUGAGAUGUCUGGAAACUUUGAAGAUGCUCUCCUGGCCAUUGUGAAAUGUACAAGGAGCAAGCCUGGUUACUUUGCCGAAAGAUUGUAUAAAUCCAUGAAGGGCCUGGGCACAGACGACAGCACACUUAUCAGAGUGAUGGUUUCUCGCUGUGAAGUUGACAUGUUGGAAAUCCGUUCAGAGUUCAAGAAGAUGUAUGGCAAGUCUCUCUAUUCCUUCAUCAAGGGAGACACUUCUGGAGACUACAGGAAGGUGCUUCUGAAACUCUGCGGAGGAGAAGAUUGAGUCUAUUACCCGCACAUGUGUCCAGGAAAAUUCUUUAUAUACGUACAAGUCCUACUAGCAGUAAAAUAAAUAAAUCUCUUUUUAUGAUGAC